AUGGCUGCCAAGGUUUACGUUGGAAACUUGUCGUGGAACACCACCGACGAUGGCCUCGCUCAGGCUUUCUCGGCUUAUGGACAGCUCACCGACUACAUCGUCAUGAAGGACCGCGAGACUGGUCGCUCGCGUGGAUUCGGUUUCGUCACGUACGGCUCGCAGCAGGAGGCUGACGCAGCCAUUGCUGGUCUCAACGAGCAGGAGCUCGACGGCCGUCGCAUUCGUGUCAACAUGGCCAACUCCCGCCCAACUGGCAUGAGCGCUGGUAUGGGUGCUGGUGGCUACGGUGGUGGCUACGGCGGCGGUUACGGUGGCGCUCCCCAGACCUCGUUUGGAGGCUACGGCCAACAGGGCAACUUCGGCGGCCAGCAGGGCUAUGGCGGACAGCAAGGUUUUGCUGCUCAGGGCUACGGCGCCCCUCAGGGUGGCUACGGCGGUUACGGUGGCCAGCAGGGCUUCGGCGGUCAGCAGGCCUACGGCGGCCAGCAGGCUUUCGGUGGCGCUCAGCAGGGCUACGGUGCUCCUCAGGGCAACUACGGAGGGUGA